UCCGGGUGACACAGAGAGGUUCAAAUUUUUGAAAUAUUUUUGUAUUAAAAAGAACAGUGGAGCCCAUGCUAAAUAAUUAAUUUAGCAUAAUUAUCUAACAAGCUGGCUAAACAUAAUUAUCAUUAUUAUUAUGUGUCAUAAAUGGAGACCCUUCUACCAACUAGGCAACGGUGCGCCGAAGAGUGGAUACGAAUCAAGCGCAUGGCAUGUGCAUCAACGUUAUGCGAGUUUACCGAGACACCCUUCAUCCGAUGGCCCAAUUGCAGUGGUCACCCGAUCCCUGACCCACCUUUCCCGUCCGGAGACUCUGGCGUGGAUCGAUCGAGAAAUUAGGGUUUCAGAGGCUUGACGUGUAGCCAUGGCAGCGGCGGCAGCAUCUCAGAAGCUUCUCAGCAUCGGGACCAAGAUCGUCGCCGUCGGCCGGAACUACGCCGCCCACGCCAAGGAACUCGGCAACGCCGUCCCCAAGGAGCCGGUGUUGUUCUUGAAGCCCACCUCCUCCUACCUCCAGAAUGGAGGAACCAUCGAGGUCCCGCACCCGCUGGAAUCGCUCGAUCAUGAGGUGGAGCUGGCCGUCGUCAUCGGGAAGAAGGCUCGCGACGUCGCGGAGGCCACCGCCAUGGACUACGUUGGAGGUUAUGCACUUGCUUUGGAUAUGACUGCAAGAGAAAUCCAAUCUUCUGCAAAGUCAGCAGGUCUUCCAUGGACAGUGGCCAAAGGGCAGGACACGUUCACUCCAAUCAGUGCAGUUCUGCCCAAGUCAACUGUGAUGGAUCCUGACAAUCUGGAGUUGUGGUUAAAGGUGGAUGAUGAACUUAGGCAGAAGGGCUCAACUAAAGAUAUGAUCUUCAAGCUUCCAUUUCUCAUCAGUCAUAUCAGUUCAAUUAUGACACUUAUGGAAGGAGAUGUGAUUUUAACUGGUACUCCUCAGGGUGUUGGCCCCGUUAGAGUGGGGCAAAAGAUUACAGCUGGAAUAACAGGUCUAAUAGAUGUCCACUUUGAUGUCCAGAGGCGCAAAAUACCAUUUAGUGGUUGAGGCUGUAGUAUAAUAGGAAGAUCUGCAAAUAAAUUUCCUGUUAUCAUCGGAUUUGAGCUGGAUUUUAUGCUUGAGUGCAUUAGUUAGCACACCAAAUUUACAAGAAUAAAAAAUUGAUUUUUCUUAGAUUCCUGUUAAAUGGAAUUUGAAGUGAGGACCGAGGAGUGUAUAAAGAUUAAAUUGAAUGGCAUUGGAAGAAACGUCUCCUUUUCAUUUGCUGUUC